AUCUUUCAUGUGUGGUAAUGAAUGAAAGAAAUAUACUAUUACAACAACUAUUCAUUUUAUUCAUGUGUAAAAAGUUCUUAUAUUUAUGAAUGGUAAUUGUCUCUUAAAAAGGCCAAAAAAAAAAAAAAAAAAAAAAAAACUCUUUUGGACAGGAAAAACAAUUUUUUACAUUGACAUAAACAGUACAUAGUAUCUUUGAGGAAUAAGGAUUAGCCAAGACUAAUUCCAAAGCCAGCCUUAAAAAGGACUAUUCAUUCCAAAGACUUUGUGGCACGUUCUUCAUUAAUAUAAAAUCUCUUCACUUGUGUGGUUCAAGAAAGAAAGGUAAUUUCUUUCAAGAAAAAGAAGAAGAAGAAUGUGGGAAAUAAAGAUGGUGAUAAUUCUGUUAACUAUGGAAUUAAUGGAUGUGGGUUGCAAUACGUUGAGUAAAGCAGCCAUGGCUAAAGGAAUGAGCAGCUCUAUCUUCACUACUUAUACUCAUGGCAUAGCUUUCUUCUUCCUUAUUCCCCUUUCCUUCCUUUUCCACAGGAAAACUCCAUCUCCACACAUCAGUGUUGCUAUGAUCUUCCGGCUCUUCCUACUUGGUGUCCUUUGUUGUGGUUGUUCCAUAUUCUUGUUUAUUGGAAUACGUUACAGCUCACCAACUCUUGCAUCAGCAAUGAAUAAUCUUUCUCCCGCUUUCACUUUCAUAAUGGGCAUAAUUUUCAGGAUGGAGGUAUUAAACUUGAGAGCUCAAAGUAGCCUACUCAAAUCUUUGGGAACGUUAGUGUCAAUUGGUGGUGCGUUCAUAGUGACUUUGUACCAAGGAAUGCCCAUUAAUAUAUUUUCUUCUUCUCCAACCCAAUUCUCUCUUCAUUCUCUUCUUAAUGCAAAUGAAACUCAACCCAAUUGGGCCCUUGGUGGACUUUACCUUUUUGGUAGUAGCAUAUUUCUAUCACUCACCUAUGUCACCAAGACUUGGAUCGCAAGGGACUUCCACUCCGAGAUACUUAUAACACUGAUUAGCUUCUUCUUCGAAACAAUCGUAGCAGCAAUUGUUACCUUUCUAGCUGAAGAUGAUACAAGUGUUUGGACCCCGAGUAUUAACAUCGUGUGGAUUGCUAUUCUAUUCGGGGCUUUGGAAGUUGGUGUGGUAAAUACUGUCCAGACUUGGGCUUGUGGAAAGAAGGGACCCUUAUUUGUGGCAAUGUUUAAGCCACUUCAAAUGAUAAUUGCAGUGGUUAUGGGAGUAUCUUUUCUUGGAGACAUUCUCCAUCUUGGAAGUUUGAUUGGAGGCACAGUUAUAGCAAUUGGAUUUUACACGGUGAUGAAGGGAAAAGCAGAAGAGGAGUCCGAAAAAGAAGUAGUUGAAAAUAGAUUGACAUAUAGCUCUGAAGAAGAAGAUUCAGCUUCUCAUAAAGAACCUCUUUUGCAAAACAUCAUGAAUGUAUAAAAAAUUAUAAAGUUCAAAAAAUUUUUCAACGUAUAUCCCAAAUAAGUCUUUACCAUAUCACAUGGAUACAUGGUAUUAUGGUUUCCAAAAAAAUUGCAAGUAUUCACAAUUUUAUAAAAUAGGUUUUGGUUUU